AUGUCAAUUAUGGGAGCCUACUGUUCUCUAGACCCAACACGCAGAGAAUGUUACUUUGAGAGUGACAAAGGCGCGUCUUAUAAUGGUCGCCAGAAUGUUACGGCUCAAGGUCAAGCCUGUCUCCACUGGGUAACACUGCCUGAAGGCUUUUUUAAUAAUAGUGCUCAGUGGCACUAUGAGCUCGAGGAGAACUUCUGCAAAAACAUGGAUUUAGAACUUUAUUCUUUGAAGCCGAUGUGUCUUGUCGAUAUGGAAUGGACCAGACAGUAUUGUGAUGUUCCAAAAUGUGAGGAAAUACCAGGAUUAGACUUCAUUGUACCACGAAAGCCGGUUUAUACAUCGAAGUUCGUCGAUUCAAAUAACCCUUACUUUGCCGUAGAUGGAAUUGAUUUCGGAUUAUCGUUUGUGGCCUUCAGACCGCAGGCAAAGCCCUUCUUACAGGUCGAUCUACAAGAGUGGUAUGAAGUUCAUGCGAUACAGGUAUACAGAGGCAUGGUAUGGUUCCCGGUGAAUUUCCGUAGUGUGGGAACGUUUGUGAGUAAGAACCAAUGGGACUUUCUGGACUAUGGGGCAAUCCGAUGUGACGAUCUCAGGUUUCCCUCCAGAAAAAAAAUCUUCCGGUUUCAAUGCAAGCGUCCAAUCAUUGGCCAGUUUGUGAGCGUUCGGAAUUUUGAUGACACGAACCCACAUACAAGAUAUGGGAAGUUCUACGUACUGGAAAUUACUGAAAUUAAAGUAUUCGGCAAAAAAGCACAAUGUGGCCAGCCUCUGGGUAUGGUUUCUGGAGAUAUAUUUGAUUACCAAAUCAAUUCAUCGUCAAACAGUCUGUUAACUGUCAACGCCAACGACGGUCGGCUGAUGCUGGCAGAGACAGGCUGGUGUCCCUUUGUUCUAGAUGAAGAUCCAUGGUUUCUUGUUGACCUUAUUGUGCCAACAAUAAUUCAGGGACUCCGUAUUCAAGGAUGGGACGACAAGGGAGACAGGAAACUUGUCAAAUCUUUUAUACUCAAAUAUGGAAAUCAGUUCCAGAACUUAUAUCCAUAUGAGGAUCCGAAAGGAACGGUUAAGAUAUUCAAAACAUUCGAUCACUACAAGAGUACUGCAGUUCAACAGUUCAUAUUGAGCCAUGAAGUGCUCACUAGAUUCAUAAAGAUAGAUAUACAAGACGUUAAAAGCCAGGCUUGUCUGAAAUUGGAACUUGUUGGAUGCCCAAAGCGAUUUAUUCGAGACAUACGUUGCGAAUCAAGCACGAUGGAUUUUGGUUUUGCCGAGUUGCAAUUCAUUUCUUUGUGGAAAGCUGCAUUGGAAGGAGACACAUUCAAUAACAGAAGUUUGGAGGAAUGCAGACAACAUACUAUUGAUAGAAGACGUGUCUCCUACUUUUAUGAAGAGGAGAUUCUGGAAUGUUCGGUACAUAAUGCUCACCGGUAUCAAAGAGAGUUCACCAAAUCCUGGGUCCGAGAUACCGUCCAAACAAGGUUUACUGGAGAGAGACUCUGUAUACGAGACGUGUUGGAAAUGUCCGAUUGUGGCGGAAAUGUCAUCCUACCUACCAAAGGACUCACGACGCUACUUUCUCCAUCAUUUCCAUUUAGCUAUGGCCAGAACACUUACUGUAAAUGGACAGUACAAGCCUCUCCGGAUAUGUACCCCUACCUGGAAAUUGUGUUCUUAUCUCUAGCUGGACAAAUGAAGUGGAAUUAUAAGAAUCAGGAUUUUUCGACUGGGGACACUGCAAUAUGCUCAGAUACGCUCAAAAUCUACGAUGACCCUGUCACACCUACAGUUAUUUCUGAUGAAAGGAUCCACUCUUUGCAGUUGUUCAGGAAAUCAAAAAUUGUGUCGUCUACUUCAACCCUUUUUAUCGAACUAAUAUCAUGCAUUCAAAAUCAAAUGUCUCGAGAACGAACAUUUGAAUUCCACUUAAAACAAACCGAUAUACCUGGAUGUGGAAUGGCAUCAGGUAAUUGUAUUGGAACAUGUACUUUUCCUACGGCGUAUAUCGGCACACCAGGAUACCCAUCGGAUAUUUCCCUAUUAACCACGUGUACCUGGAGAAUCGAAGGGACAUUCGGAAUCUUCAUUCGUUUCGAAAUAUUAAAUCUGGACGUCAUUGAUGACCAGGGUUCCUGUGACAAAUCAUUUCUUGCCGUUUAUGACGUACAGUUUGAUGGUCGGACACAAACGUUACUGGCAAAGAUGUGCAAGAAUGAUCGAGUAUAUUACGAACUAACAUCCAGUUGGCAUUAUAUGCAGAUUGAGUUUCGUGCAGGAGGUGGUCAAGGAAAAGGUUUCUUUGGCAAAUAUGAAAUGGUUGACUCUAUUCAGAUGUCAUUCAACAUAACCAACGAAGGAUGUCUAUCAGAGUGGGUCAAAUUUAAGGCUAGUUGUUACAAGCUAUUGAAGGAAACCAGUCCAACAUCUGGCAUUACGUGGAUACAGGCACGUGAUCGGUGUCAUGACGUAGGCGGAUAUCUCACGGCUAUAGGAUCUAAAGCGGAAAUGACAUUCAUUCAUUAUUUAAUGACCAAAAUCUGGGAUAACUCUGUCAAUGGAGAAGCAUACAUUGGGUUACAGAAGCUGCUGGUUGACGGUGCUGUUCAGUAUGUAUGGCUCGAUGGAUCGCCAUUGACAUACACGGCCUGGUAUAAAGAUCCAAUCAAAGAGAAAUCUCAGCCAGAUGGUUUAUUGAGCGAACGGUGCACUGUCAUUCGGCUAGGAAGUAUUCGAACAAUUGACAACUGGCAUGAUAUUGCGUGUGCCUAUGACCAGAUUCCAAGCUUCAUAUGUGAGAUGGACUCGCUAAGCAAUGAUCAAGAAACCAAAAAUACAGCUGUAUUCCCAAGUGCCUUCACGACCAGACAGGCUAACUAUUCCGUGUUUGCCUGCUCUAAUGGGGAGUCUAUUUCGCGGACGUUUAUCUGUGAUGGACGGAGCGACUGUCGCGACAACAGUGAUGAAUUCAGUUGCUCAUAUCCUGUCGACUCCUGUGCGUCGAACCAGUUCAAAUGUGGAAAUGGACAGUGUGUAUCCCUAGCCCUUUACUGCGACUUCAUUCCUCACUGUACUGAUGGUUCGGACGAGAAGUCUUGCGUAUAUGCGCCAUGUAUGGAAGCUGAAACUCGAUGCAACAAUGGACAGUGUAUUGAUGACGAUCUUGUUUGUGACUUAAAAGAAGACUGUUUGGAUGGAAGUGACGAAGAUAACUGUGACACUUGCAGACAUCCCAACUUCCUUUGUUACGACCAGACGUGUAUCAGGGAAUCACGUCGAUGUGAUGGUACUAUAGAUUGUAGUGGGCUUUUGAACGAGGAUGAGAACCAACAAUGUCAACUCAGUGUUCAGUCAUCAUGCGCGUCACUACUUGGAAUUGGUAUUGAUGACAAUGGCGAAUACAUGGUUAACUUAGGAAUGGAAAGCCCAGUGAAAGUCGAGUGUCAGUUUCACACCAUCUCCGAAAACAAGACUUUGGUGAGAAUGCUUAUCCACCACGACCAAGAAGAGGAAGUUAUUGCAAAGGGGGAAGCCUUGGCGCGAGAUAUCACGUACAAUAUUCCAAUGUCGUACAUCGAUCAUAUCAAACGUGAAUACUUUUGUCACCAGCAAUUUAGCUUUUCUUGUCACAUGUCUUUUAAUAGGAAUUUUGGAUACUACGGACGAGACAAGGUAUGGCAUGUUGCUAACGAAGACGGUCGAUCCAAUGGGACAUGCUCUUGCCCCCUCUUUGAGAGGUGUGACACGCAGCUGCCUAGAUGCAACUGCACUGCGGAGGCCGCGGAUUGGUAUGAGGCUGGCAUUAACGACGUGUAUCGCGAUACUGGUGUCAUAUACUCACCAUCCGUGCUGCCAAUUGAACAUUAUGAGACGGAAUUAUCACCCGGAGUGGAACAAUACAACUCCUUUACUGUCGGGCCUCUUAUUUGUGAACAUGAAGAGGUAUCCAUUUCCAAGGCCUUUCGAUGCAGAAGCGGUGUUGUUAUAGACAAUAAGCAUAUAUGCUUUUUGGAUUAUGACGAGUACGGGGAAAUACAAGGUUGUAGCGACCUCUCUCAUCUUGAUGAUUGUUAUGCAUUUGAAUGCCCUGCAGACUACGUCAAAUGUGGCCGCGGCUACUGCAUUCCUGUCCGAUACGUUUGUGAUGGCAUUGCUCAAUGUUCUGGCGGUGAAGAUGAGAAAAACUGCGAUCGUCCAUGUGCCGACUUAUUUAGAUGCCAUGGUAAUAACAUGUGUGUGAGUCAAACCCAGGUUUGUGACGGUAUCAAACAUUGCCCAGAAGGGGACGAUGAAGCGUUGUGUGACGUAGGCUGUGUCCCCGGAUGUACCUGUAAAGACCUCGAUGUGACAUGUGACAGCAUUUCUCCCGACCAGAGUGGUAAUUUUACCGUUAACAGGAAUAUCAGGAAACUAUCUAUCCGGAAUUCGGAUUUUGCCGCCUCUGUUCCUGUAUUAGAAACGUUCAUGUUAGCAGAGCUCGAUUUAUCUGCUAACCAAAUAUCCCAUAUAUCCCCAGACACAUUCUUCAAUCUAAGAAACCUUUAUCAUUUGGAUUUAAGUUAUAAUCGUCUAACAGUCAUUGUAGCAAACACGUUUAAAAAUCUCCAUAAACUUAUUUCUCUCAAUCUCGAAGGAAAUGCGAAUCUGAAAACCAUUCAACCGGAUGCCUUGCUUGGUCUGGCCAUGCUACCAACGAUAAACAUAAGGCAAACACAAUUACACGUGCUUCCGGCUGGUACUUUUGUAGGAUUAAGAGAUCUGAAAGUGAUGAAUCUUACCAGCAAUAAGCUAGAAGAAGUUCACAACAAUGCAUUCUCUGUGCUCAAAGAACUUGUUGUACUCGAUAUCAGAGGAAACAAAAUAUCAAAAUUUUCGGAAGGAAUUUUCAGUGGUCUCUCAAGCUUGAAAGAACUUUAUACAGACGCUUACAUGUUCUGUUGCUUAAAACCAGAAACUGUGACCGAUGCAAAUUGCUUACCCUACCAAGACGAAUUUUCCUCGUGCUUAGACCUUAUGCGUGAAGAUCAUUUGAGAGCAUUCAUUUGGAUCAUUGGGGUGUGUGCACUGAUUGGUAAUGCUGGUGUUGUCAUAUACAAACUAGUCUUUGACCGGCGUAGUUUAGUAAGGGGUCAUGGUAUAUUGAUACUUAAUCUGGCCGUAGCAGAUUUUCUCAUGGGAAUAUACAUGCUAAUUAUAGCUAUUGCUGAUUCUGUCUACAGAGGACAGUACAUAUGGAAUGACAUUUAUUGGAGAAAUAGUGCCCAAUGUAAACUAGCCGGAGUUCUUGCAACAAUAUCUAGCGAAGCUUCUGUUAUGUUUCUUCUCUUGAUAACAAUCGAUAGAUUCGUUUCUAUGAAAUUUCUGUUCAGACAACACCGUUUCAGCAAGAGGAAGAUUAUAUUGGCCAGUCUGGCAGUUUGGAUACUGUGCUUUGCCCUCGCCAUAGUUCCAUUAUUGCCCAUCCCUUACUUCUCUGGUCAGUUUUACUCGCGGUCCGCGGUGUGCCUGGCCCUUCCUCUGACACGCGACAAACCAGCGGGCUGGGAAUACGGUACGGCAGUUUUUAUCAUCCUGAAUUUCAUAAUUUUCAUCAGUAUCGCUGCUGGCCAGAUCAUGAUAUAUAAUGAAGUAUCUACCUCUGACAUGCUACUGAAGUCUCAGAGACGAGUGCAGGACGCCGCUAUUGCUAGAAGUCUGUUUCUAGUUGUUUUCUCGGACUUCCUGUGCUGGUUUCCUCUCGGAGUUAUGGGUCUUUUGGCUUUUUCUGGAUAUCGGAUUUCGUCUGAGGUAUACGCCUGGACGGCUGUGUUCAUAUUACCAAUCAACUCUGCUCUCAAUCCCGUCCUCUAUACCUAUUCUGGUAUCGGCCGUCAGACGAGAAACAGACAAAUGAGUUCCAAGAAUCUUUUCAACCGCAGUUCACCGUCUGUUACUACACAAUAUGCCAAGUGGAUCGACAUCUGUGAUAGUGGUCACUUUGUUAUUGGUACUAGUAUCCCUUGUCUCCCGACACUGCGGGACUACAUGCGAACAACGACGCCCUCUAUCGGACGCAUGUACGAGAUUAUAACUGACGUCACGAUACAUAUAAGAUUUCUGCAUAAGCGGAAUCUUGUCCAUUGCCGAUUGACCGAGGACACGGUUAUCGUUAACAUGGAUCGAACGCGUGCGAGGGCCUUCAGUAGGAUUCACUCGACCAUUAUUGAAGAAGACAUUAAAGACGGAAGUGGAGACAUGGACAGUCUUGGGAAAUUGACCAGGACGUUACUUCACUGGUACCAGAAAUCCCUCAGAUAGACUUGUACAAGUUCAUGAACAUUUAGCUUUCUUUUCGUAGAUAAUUUAGUCAUUGUCGCUUCUUGCAUUUUUUUAUCGCGAACAUUUGAACUAUAUUUUGUCCACUCAAAGGUAAAGUAAAUUGUCCCAGGUGUUUGAUGUAAUUAUAUUGUACUUUAUAUAAGGGAAAUGGAGCUUCGUAUGGAUCGUCCGUAAAAUUUCAUCGUUAAUGCUGUGUUACACAACCUCCAUUUUUCAAAAGUCUGAUUCAUAUAACCAAAUUAUGAGUUUGCAAACCGGCGAUUCUUAAAGAAAUGUUUAGUGUUUAGCUAAGUAACUUAAGAUAGCUUAAAAACAGGUUAUUGAAGGGAUUUUUUUUUCUUUUUCUUUUCUUUUUUUUCUUUUCCCAAAGUUUUUAUUACAUAAAGAUCCACACUCCAGACACGCCCACAUUUUCUUUCACACACAAAAUAAUGUAUAUGAAUGGGUAUAUGUGAAGGGAAUUAUUUUGCCUACGAAUAUAUUUUGGAUUUUCAUGUAUCAUUCGUAUGUGUUAUAUCUAUGAGAACUAAUAGAAUAAUUCACUACCUUUGGGUGAGACAGGUGGAUCUCAACUCGACAAGGAAGAUUUUCAAUUUGCAAAACACGAGGCUUACCGAGUUCUUGGCAGCUUAAGAAUCUUACCCCGAGGGCAGAUAUAUUGGUUUCUAUUUCAUAAAAAUAAAAAUUAAUUGCCAUAUAAUUUCUAUACAUUGCUAUUACGAUAUUCUUCCCGCACUUCCCAUAAAUGACAUAACACGAUUUCAAAUGAGAAAAAGGGCCGCGAUGGCGAGUGAUUAAGGUGUCCCGACACUUUAUCACUACCCCUCAACCUCUGGGUCGCUAGUCCGAAACCCACGUGGGGCAGUUGCCAGGUACUGACCGUAGGCCGAUGUUUUUUUUCUCCGGGUACUCCGGCUUUCCUCCCCCUUCAAAACCAGGCACGUCCUUUUAAUGACCCUGGCUGUUAAUAGAACUUCAAACAAAAUAAACCAAAUCUAAUGAAAUAAAACUGAUAAUGUUCACGUACGAGACUGUACGAAUGGUUCUGAAGUUCUGAAGUAAUAUUAAUUCUGCUUUAUUACCUUUUUGAUACCAGAUUGAUUAUGCUUGUAUACAGUUGUAUAUGUGAUUUCGCUUCAAAUAAAUGAAUAAAAUAC